UUUGCAAGCGGAAGCGGGGUGACUGAAAAACAUGGCUGCCUCCAUUGAGCAUACGUGACUUCAGUUGAUUUUGAGUUACAUUUUCAUUUAAACUAGCAAUAGUACUUCACAAUAUUCUUUAAAUAAAAAAGUUGCCGCGAUUUGGAUAUUACCAUCUGCAGAAGGGGCAACAGAGCUAGACUGAAAGACUGGGAUGGCUUCUUUCAAACCCACACGGAUUCCAGCCUAUCCCAAGCUUGGGGAGAAAGUCACACAAGACACAUUAUACUGGAAGAAUUAUAAGACUCCCAUCCAGAUCAAGGAAUUUGGAGCAGUAUCUACAAUAGACUUUUCUCCUCUUUCCCCAUACAAUUAUGCAGUCACUGCUUCAACAAGGAUCCACAUAUAUGGGCCCUAUUCGCAGGAGCCCGUGAAAACCUUCACGCGCUUCAAAGACACGGCCUACAGCGGCAGGUUCCGGUCCGACGGGAAGCUCCUGGUGGCGGGCAGCGAGGACUGCGUCGUCAGGCUGUUUGACGUCAGCGGCAGGGUGGCCCUCCGGAUGCUUCGCGGGCACUCCAAGGCAGUACAUUUUACAGACUUUACCUCCGAUCGGUUCCGGAUAAUAUCUGGGUCGGAUGACUACACGUGUCGGCUGUGGGACAUCCCAAAUUCAGUCGAGCUGGCCUCCUACAGCGAGCACACUGACUAUGUGCGGUGUGGCACAACAAGCAAAUUGAACCCAGACCUCUUUGUCACAGGCUCCUAUGACCACACGGUGAAGGUGUUUGACGCGCGGACGGACAGAAGUGUGAUGAGCAUGGAUCACAGCCAGCCCGUCGAGAGCGUCCUGCUUUUUCCUUCCGAGGGCCUCCUGGUGUCGGCAGGGGGGCGCUAUAUAAAGGUGUGGGACCUGCUCAAAGGGGGCCAGGCCCUGGUGUCCCUGAAGAACCAUCACAAAACGGUCACCUGCCUGUGCCUGAGCAGCUCCGGUCAGAGACUGCUGUCAGGCUCUCUGGACAGACAUGUGAAAGUCUACAACACGGCAACCUACAAGGUGGUGCACAACUUCGACUAUGCUGCCUCCAUCCUGAGCGUUGCGCUGGCGCCCGAUGACGCAGCCGUGGUGGUCGGCAUGGCGAACGGAGUCCUGAGCGUGAAGCACAGGAAGUCCCCGGAGGAGAAGCCGGAGGCUGGGGGUGCGAAGAGGAGGAGGCCCACAUACCGCGUCUUCGUCAAAGGGCGAAACUACGCACCAAAACAGGAGGACUUCUUGGUCAGCAAACCAGUCAGAAUGCACCUGCAACAGUAUGACAAGCAGCUGAAGAGGUUCCAGGUCUCUAAAGCCCUGGACACAGUCCUGGAGCCCCGGAUUCGAUCGAAGACCCCCGAGGUCACCGUGGCGGUGAUGCACGAGCUGAACCGCAGGGGAACCCUGAAGAACGCCCUCGCCGGGCGGGACGAGAAGAGCCUGUCUGUCCUGCUCAGCUUCCUCAUCGGCCAUAUUGUAGAUCCCAGAUUUGCUCCAGUUUUGCUGAAUGUUGCUGAGAUGAUUUUGGACAUCUAUGUGCAGGUGGUGGGACGGUCGGCGGUGGUGGACAAGCAGAUCGUGAGGCUGCAGGAGCUGAUCGAGAAGGAAAUCGACCUCGAGCAGGAGCUGGUUGAGGUGCUGGGCAUGCUGGACACCCUCUUUGCCACCAUGACAACCAAGAAGGAGGUGGCCACCCAAGAGAGCAGAGCCAAUGGGGUGGCAGCGACUGGGGAGCAGGGCCCGAGCCUGCAGGCUUCUUGACCCCUUCAGACCAACUGCAUCAUGGGAAUUGGUGUCAGCCGGCACUCCACUCCUGGAAUCUCAGCAAGGAACCAGUGUACAGUUAAAGCAGAAUCUCCCAGACACAUGUGACUUUUCCAGAUUACUGCCAAAAAAAAAGUGCGGUCAGGUGAUCAGGAACGGUGGCUCACCAUUUCCAUAUUCACACUGCAGCUGGACACUUUGCACUUGCAGGUUUAAGAAAAUGGCUACAGUAUGAAAUUCUGUACUCUUUAUGUGAAAGGCGCUAUGGAAGAGAUGUCCUUAUAUGCUAACAUGUGUAAAGAAUGUGUUGAAAACUACAGAAAUUCCCUUUUUUUGUCUAAGAAAUAGAACAGGAACGUGAAUGAAAUGUUGUUAAAAAAAGGUUUUGCUGCAAUGCUUGUUCAAUAUUUGAAUUCUACAUAUACCAACGGUAGUCCAAGUUUGAUCUUCUCAAAUUCUUGCAUUUGAACACGUUUGAUAUGUUUAAAUACAUUUUCAUCUAAGAGUAGGCUUUUUAAACAUCAACAGUGAAUAAUGAAUGUCCACAUAGUGCUGUAAGGCAGCUGGUAAUUAUGAUAAAAGUUCAUGUUUCAUAAAUUUUACCUGCGCAGUAAACUUUUCUAAGAUUGUU